CGCCGGAGAACUGCAGCAUUUAACUCUUUCCUCGCCUGCUGCUUUUGUUGUGUGUCCUAUCGGUGGAAGAUGGCGACCAGAGUCCUUCAGAGCUCCUGCUCAGGCCUUUAUCAGGCGAAACACGGACACUUUACCGCUGUUAUCAGGGGUCUGUCGGCGUCUAAUAACCGGAGCCGAGAGGACAGCUGGUUCAAAUCACUGUUUGUGCGGAAGGUGGACCCCAGAAAAGACGCUCACUCCCAUCUGCUAGCCAAGAAAGAGGACAACAACUUGUAUAAAAUCCAGUUUCACAACGUGAAGCCCGAGUGUCUGGAUGCCUAUAACACACUCUGUGCCGAGGUGCUGCCGUCCAUCCACAGAGACAGCAGGUAUCCGUGUGAGCUGGUGGGCACCUGGAACACCUGGUACGGGGAGCAGGACCAAGCUGUGCACUUGUGGAGGUACAGAGGAGGAUAUCCGGCUCUGACUGAAGUCAUGAACAAACUAAAGAGUAACAAGGACUUCCUGGAGUACAGGAAGGAGAGGGGGAAGAUGCUGCUGUCCCGCAGGAACCAGCUGCUGCUGGAGUUCAGCUUCUGGAACGAGCCGGUGCCCAGAGACGGACCCAACAUCUACGAGCUGCGCUCCUACCAGCUGAGACCCGGGACUAUGAUUGAAUGGGGCAACUACUGGGCGAGAGCCAUCAGUUACCGGCAGCACAAUCACGAGGCGGUCGGAGGCUUCUUCUCUCAGAUAGGAGACCUCUACAUGGUGCAUCAUCUGUGGGCGUACAAGGACCUUCAGUCCCGAGAGGACACGAGGAACGCCGCCUGGCAGCACGAGGGCUGGGAUGAAGUGGUCUAUUACACCGUGCCGCUCAUCCAGCACAUGGAGUCCAGGAUCAUGAUCCCUCUCGAAGCGUCUCCUCUCCAGUGAAGCGUCCGGCGCGUCCCCGUGACCUCCUGACCCCAGAACUGCCCCCGCGGUGUCAGGACUCAGUCUGUGUGUUGCUAGCCUGUUCAAUAAAGUGUUCUUGGGAUAUGUAAAGGAUAUAAGAGAGUGCAUUGAAUUAGCACAAGUGUAGAGUAUGAACUUAUUUCAGUUUGGUCAUAUUUCCAAACACACAUCAUAUGAAUGCUUUAAAGCAGAGGUAUACACACUCGUUUACUCGAGGGCUGCAGUCUGUUCAUGUGUUUACUGCAUAUAUUUAUAAACCCCACACUGCAGAAUCCAUCCGUUCAUAUUCAGAUCAAACUGGAGCUGGACGAGCCUCGCCGGGGACGGGUUGUGCUAAAUUACCUUCUUUUUUUUUAUAGUUCUUCUUUAGUUGUUGUAUUUGUAUUCUGUUUCUACAUAGACAUGCUUUUUACCUGGCUUGAGAGGUUUCUGUCUCUCACAGACUGAACUAGUGAUCACUGCUGUAAUAAAUCAUCAUUCUGACUCCG